UGCACAGUUAUUGCAGGCCUUUUGCAUUAUUUCUGGCUGCUCUCCUUUUUCCUGAUGUUGGCCUGUGCAAUUGAUAUGACUAUAGCAGUAACGCUUGUCUUCUCCAUUUACAACAGCCUCAAGUACUUGCUUGUCUUAGCUUGGUUUUUGCCUGCGGUUAUUGUUGCAAUCACGAUGGGCGUCAGCAAAGGAGAAGGCUAUGGGACUGACAAAUUCUGUUGGCUUUCACUAGAAAGUGGUAUCCGAUGGGCAUUUAUUGCUCCCGUUAUUGUUAUCUUAUUGUCAAAUUGUGUCUUAUUGGUUGUUGUUAUCCGCAAGUUGUUCUCAGCCCAAUGUGUACAAACGAAGACGGACAAAGAGCGAAUCAAAACUGGAGUGAUCGCUUUAGCCGGAAUGAUACCAUUGUUUGGAAUUUCCUGGGUAUUUGGCUUACUUUCCAUAAACGAGAACCUCAUCGUAUUUGAUUACCUGUUUGUUAUCUUCAAUUCAUUACAGGGACUGUUCAUUUUCAUCUUCCAUUGCGUCGCUUCAAAACACUUCCGAAAAGCAUUGAGAGAUACAUUCAAGAAACGUACCUACACCAGCAGGUCAAAGACACAGGUAAGGAAUCAGUCAUCCAUCUUGUUUCAUUAGAAUUAUUUUUCAAGA